CUUUUUGUUAUUGUCUUACAUGGGUAAGGAGGAGAGAUGGGCGUGAUCUCUGGGUGACAUCGCACUGAGUGGGGAAGUGGAGGAUGCUUAUUUUGAUUAUUUCCACCCUAUUUCUGGGGUCCAUUGGAAUUAUUUACCUGCUGGUCAUCUGGAAAGGCUGGACACUGGAAGGAUGGCUGUCUAAGAUUCGGAGACGGCGUUGCCUUUGUGCCCUGUCCAAGCAAAAACAACGCCAGAUUCUAGAGAGUGAUACAAAAAAUGCUCAAGCCACCCAGGAGACGUUAUUACUGGAAAUACUGCAGAAGCUUGUGGACACAGAGCGUGGGAAGGAGUACCACUUUAAUAAAAUUAAAGAUGUCUCCUCUUUUAAGAGUGUUCACCCUCUGACGCGUUACCACCAUUAUAAAGACUACAUUGAUCGGAUGUUACAGGGAGAAGAGAAUAUUUUGCUGCCAUCAGAACCUUUCACAUUUGUAGCUACAGCAGGGACAUCAGGAUCAUGCACUGUAGUUCCUGUGAAAACCAGCAUCAUCAAUGAAAACUUUCUACAGGGUACAAUGGUGUGUCUUGAAGUAAUUCAGAACAGCUUCCCUGGAGCUUUAGAGAAUGUAGCCCGGUUCCACUUCCCACCAAACCAGAAUAAAUUUGAGACACAAAAAAAUUUCAGUACAUGGUCGUCUGCCUCAUCUUCCCUGUUCUUGAAAGACAUGUGCUGCACUCCCACACCACAUCCCAGCAUGACUCACCAUGAGGUGAUGUACACACAAAUACUGUUUGCCUUGAAGGACCCUUGUGUGACAGUGCUUGAAGCCAACUUUUCCUGGGUUCUCCGUGAAGUGUUUUCUUUCAUGGAGAGUAAUUGGGAGACAAUGGUUACUGAUAUUCAGCGAGGGUAUCUCAACACAGACUUGAAAAUUCCUCAGGAGAUAAGAAGACAUUUGGAAGCUUGCUUAAUUCAAGAUUCCAACCGAGCUGCUGAUCUAAAAACCCAAUUUGAGAAUGGCUUCUGUGGACUUGCCAAGAGAAUCUGGCCAAAACUGCAGGUGAUUAUGGCUGUGGGAUCUGGCAGCAGUGAACUGGAUACACAGAUCCUAAAGAAUACAGUAUGUCAAGGAAUCCCAUUUUAUUCUCCAACAUAUUGUUCAGCAGAAGGGCUGAUUGGAGUGAACCUUUGGCCAGAGAAUGCAGCCCCACGUUACGUGCUGUGCCCACGCUCUGCGUUAUUUGAAUUUAUUCCACUUGGUAUGUGCAAGGAGGAACAGCCAGACACUGUCUGCUUGCAAGAUGUGCAAGUCGGGGAAGCUUAUGAACUGGUUCUGACUAAUAGAGCUGGACUUUGCAGAUACAGACUUGGAGAUGUGGUUCGUGUUGCAGACUUUCACAACCAUAGCCCUAUACUGGAAUUUUUAUUUAGAAGGAGCCAAACAUUGAGUGUUCGUGGAGAGUGCAUUUCAGAAGAUGAAUUCUAUAAAACUCUUCUCUACACUGUGAAGUUAUGGCCUGGAGCCACUCUUUUGAACUACUGCUGCUUAGAAAAUGGAAUUUUGGGUCCAUUCUCAGGAGGAUCAGACAUGCAUUAUGAAGUCUUUGUAGCACUGAAAGGGGUGAGAGACUUAUCUGAAGAACAGAGAUAUAAGUUGGAUCAAGCUCUACAAGACCAUUUCCCAAUCUACAAGUCAUUCAGGUUUAAAGGCAGCAUUGGACCUGUUCGUGUGCACCUGGUCAGCAACCAGUCCUUCUUCAAACUUCUAGUGUUGGCCGCCUCUCUCUCUGGAGCUCCUCUAGAUCACAUACAGCCCCCCCGAACACUGAAAUACAGGAACCUGGCUGAAAGUAUGCAGAAACAGGUUCUUUCCUGAGCUCUUCCUGUCUGAUAUCUUAAAAAUAAACUGUGACUGAAGGGGGGGAUGGAUACAACGCCCACUUAUUACGUGAAAAAGGUCUCUGUAAUUACAGCACUUUGCAUUGCUGUGGGAUGGAACAUAUUAUCAUACCCCACUACGAGGGAUAAAUGCUAAUGUCUUUCUGCACAAAAAAACUGAAUCAUGCAAUCUGAUGGAGACAAAAUGACAUGUCUUUGUUCUCAUUACAUCUUGCAUAUAUUUACAUGAGAAGAAUUCAUAUGAAUAUGUAUUUGUACUCACACAUACAGUAGACAGGUAUAUUCUCUAUUCACACACACUAAAUGCUAAAAAAAGAAUAGACCUGUUUAACGUGUAAAUUAAUUCUUACUCCAUAUAUAUUUAGUUUAAACCGUAUAUUCCCCCAACACUCUCGGACUUUAGGAUACUCAUUGAAGAGUUUAACAUGUGAACUUAUAUGAAAUGUAAAGUGAAUUUCAAAUUUGAGACUAUAUUAGCCAAAAACUGAAACCAUUGCUGGCAUGGAGAAUUUUCUGCAAUUUAGCUAUUGUGGCCUAAUAUGUGGAAUUCACUUUAAUUCCAAAAAACUUAAUUAAUUGUGAAUACCGUGGAUAGCCCAAGUUUAUUGAAUCAAGGAGAGAUCUAUCUGAUUGCAAUUCUGAGAGCGAGAAUUUUUUUAAUUUAUUUUUAUUUUGUAUUGGUCUUUUUUUGAUUACAGAGUAGUACAGAAGUAAAGAAUUGAUUGCUUUGCCAUUGCAUUUACAUAGUACACAUAACAUUUGCGAGCCAUUAACAAUGAACAGUACAGGAACUUCAGAUCAUCAAGUUUGCCAGAAGAUAUAUCAUUUGAAACUUUAGCAUAGAUCUUUACAUCCAGUAUGUGUCAAGGAUGCACAGCUAAAAAUAAAAAAUUAAGAAGCCAAUGCGAAAACGUACUGUUUCCCAAUCUGUUUGCAAAAUGUAUGCCCUAUCCCCUGCGAGGGAAAACUGUUUUGUUUAUUUGAUGACCUUAAUAAAUACAGAUUUACCUAAGCAUGCACAGCUAGUGAUGGGUGUACCCUAGAGUGUGCAUGGGCUAUUAAAAUCUCGGGUCCAACUAUCUCGCUCGCAGUGUAGUGCGGAGGGAGGCUAGUGGUUUGUCAUUCCAUUGAUGUGGCUUGUCCAUAGGGAUGUAUUUGUCCAUGUAGUAGUUAUCUAUUCUCGUCAGUUGUGAGGCCGUAAGUGUGUGCCGUAGCAUUAGAGGU